AUGGAACACGCUCUAUUCAAUGCUCGACGUGGGAUGAGAAAUCUCCUUCUUCGACACGAAGGCCGAGGUCGAGGUGGGGGUCGAAGUGGAGGUCGAGGUGGACGUCGAGGUAGAGGUCGAGGUGGAGGUCGAGGUGGAGGUCGCGGUCAGGGUCGAGGUAGAGGUCGAGGCCGCAAAGUUCCUGGUGCAGCAAGAGUUCAUGGUGGUCUUGGGAUUGGUGGUGGUCUUGGGGCUGGUGAUGGUCUUGGGGCUGCUGGUGGUCGUGGUCCUAGUCAUGUUCGUAUUCGGGGUGGUGCUCAAGGAGCCGGUGGUACUCUGCUUCGUGGUGGUGCUGGUCGUGCUGCUGCUAGUGGCAACAUUGCUGUUCUGGAUAGAGAUUGA